CACGACGAAGCGCUAUCAUCAUAGCUGCUUUUGUCAGAUUGUUUUGUAGUUCAAAGAUCGACGUCCUCGGUAUUUAAAAUGUGAUUUUAUUUAUUCUUUAAAUGGAACAAAGGAACUUUGGUCAGUUCAACCGGGCGAGAAAUUGAAAGUCGCUUGGACCCGCGUGAUUGCGCAUGCGCUGGCACCGCGUCCCACUUCCACCUCCCUUCCUUCCUCCUUUUUCUGCGCUCGCCGUGUACGUUAACCACCACCACCGCCACCGUCACUAGGAAGUCAAAGACCCCCGCCCUUGCCGCUGUCCUCUCUGGACUCUAGCCGACCUGCAGCCCGGAUCGGCGGCGUCAAAGUGCAGCGAGACGCGCGGAAGAACGGCUAGCUAGCUAGCCAGGGCUAGCCCGGGCGGGCGAGCGCGAGCGGGCGUCCGCUCCCGCGUCGUCUCGAUUGGUUCGGUGACAAAAUGUCCGCUAAAGAGCACAAAGUGUCCACCACGGAACGGCCCGUCAAAGGGGUGCCGUACCCCCCGGGGGCUCGACUGGGUGUGUCGGAGGUGUAUGACGCAGACGGGCGUCCCCGCGUGGACGUGCUGAAGGCACACCUGCUGAAGGAGGGCCGUCUGCAAGAAGAGGCAGCCUUGCGCAUCAUCAAUGAGGGCGCCGCCAUCUUGCGCGAGGAGAAGUGCAUGCUGGAUGUGGAUGCGCCCGUCACAGUGUGCGGUGAUGUGCACGGUCAGUUCUUUGACCUGAUGAAGCUGUUCGAGGUGGGGGGCUCCCCCGCCAGCACCCGCUACCUGUUCUUGGGUGACUACGUGGACAGGGGCUACUUCAGCAUCGAGUGCGUCCUCUACCUGUGGGCUCUGAAGAUAAACCGUCCGGAUGGCAUCUUCCUGCUCAGGGGGAACCACGAGUGUCGCCACCUGACUGAGUACUUCACCUUUAAACACGAGUGCAAGAUCAAGUACUCCGACGCGGUGUACGAGGCGUGCAUGUCAGCGUUCGACUGCCUCCCUCUGGCGGCGCUGCUCAACCGACAGUUUUUGUGCGUCCACGGCGGCCUGAGUCCCGAGAUCAGCAGCCUGGACGACAUCCGCAAGUUGGAGCGCUUCAAGGAGCCCCCGGCUUUUGGGCCCAUGUGCGACUUGCUGUGGUCGGACCCCGGCGAGGACUAUGGCUCUGAGAAGACCCAAGACCACUUUGGCCACAACGGUGUGAGGGGCUGCUCCUACUUUUACAGUUACGCCGCCGUCUGUGACUUCUUGAUGAACAACAAUCUGCUGUCCAUCAUCCGGGCGCACGAGGCUCAGGACGCGGGGUACCGCAUGUACAGGAAGAGCCAGGCCACCGGCUUCCCGUCGCUCAUCACCAUCUUCUCCGCUCCAAACUACUUGGAUGUCUACAACAACAAAGCGGCAGUGUUAAAGUACGAAAACAACGUGAUGAACAUCCGUCAGUUCAACUGUUCCCCGCAUCCGUACUGGCUGCCCAACUUUAUGGACGUCUUCACGUGGUCGCUCCCCUUCGUGGGAGAGAAAGUUACAGAGAUGCUGGUCAACGUGUUGAACAUCUGCUCUGACGACGAGCUCAUGACGGACGCCGACGACGUGGGAGAAGGCGGUGUCCCCGCUGUGCGCAAGGAAGUGAUUCGGAACAAGAUCCGCGCCAUCGGGAAGAUGGCCAGAGUGUUCUCCGUGCUCAGAGAGGAGAACGAGAGCGUGCUGCAGCUCAAAGGGUUGACACCUUCCGGGACUCUGCCACUCGGAGCGCUGUCGGGAGGACGCCGUACGCUGAUAAGCGCAACGGAGGAGGCGGAGGAAGCUCGAGGUGGCGGCGACUUCAAGCCGCCGCGCAGGAUCCAAAGUUUCGAGGAGGCACGAGGCCUGGACCGCAUCAACGAGAGGAUGCCGCCCAGACGGGAUGGCCCCGCCCACGCCUAGCCCGGCCCCACCCUUCCCCCAAUAAAGCAAGGGAAAACACGUGAGCUUGGCUUUGCCUUUUAUUGACACGCGUCACAGCUUGGACACGCGCGCCAUCAUCUUCUCCAGCUUGAUAGCUGCCGUCAUGUCGCCUUUGAUGCGUAGCUUCCCCGACAUGAAGGCCAGCGUCGGCUUUAGCUUACCUGCGUAAAACGAAAAUGUUGCUUGUUAGCACGGCGUGGGUUUUAGCCUACCUGCGCGACGCGCUAACCAACGUCCGAUCCAAGAGGGCGAAGGAACGUGCGCGCUCACCGGCAAACAUUUUGCCAAAGACUUCAGAGUCCAUGGUCAUGACCACAUCGGGUGGGUCUCGAGGCUCGCCUCGCCCCACGCCACCCGAGCCGCUCUUUAAGUCCAGGAACCACACGCCGGUGUGCUCUCCUGCAGAAACCAAAACCAGGGUCAGGCACCUCGCCGUUCCCGUCCCGGAAGGCGACUCACCUGAGAGGUCGAAGCGGUAGAGCGCUUGAGUGGACUUGACCAAGUCCUCGCUGAGAAGGCCUCGGAUCACUUCGAAGGUGCUUUCCACGGGGCUGCCCGGAGAGGGCGGGGCCGACGACGCGGAUGGCUUAAAGGCGGGCGUGGCUCCUGCCCACCCAGGGGAGGAAAAAAUAAAUGAACCACAAUGCAUCCAUAUAUAUUGCCUUCAUCUUCGAUAUCACGACUUUAAUUUCGUCACAUUUCGCAUCAUUUUUCCUCAUAAAAUUGUCAAAUUUUUAAAAAUAACAUGACUUUAAACUGAUGACUAUUCUCGUUUGGCCCCAAUAUCAUAGUGACGUUAUUUCUCAUAAAAGUUUGCAUGAUGGCAAUGGAGGAAGGAAAUGAACCAAAGGUGCUUCAGAUAGCAGAAUGUGCAGUCAUUUUUUCUUUUGGAGUUCCCUAAAAUUUUUAAGUAACAGUAAAAGAUGUCAUACAACACAUGGUGAUGAUUGGUCACCUAUGGCAUGCGGGCAUGUAGUCAUAUAUAAACCAAACUACUAACAAUC